GCUUUUAUCUUAAAAGUACAAAAACGCUCUCAUCACUUUCAUAAUAAUUUGUUCAGGUCAUUCGCAAAAACCAAAGCUGAUUCAAAAAUAGAUCGCAAAGUGUCGGAUCCCAAGUCGCCUUCUGACGAAGUAGUAGAGAAUCAGGAAAUAAAGAUUGGCCCUACUCGUUCUACACCUGUACCCAUAACUAUUUCGAAGCAUUCCGAACCCAUACAAACUGCAAGAAAACGUACUUUUUCUUCUGAAUAUAUGAUUCCGGCAAAGGGUCUCGUCAACUUGGGAAAUACUUGUUUUUUCAACAGUGUCAUGCAAUGUAUGAUGCACACUCAUCACCUCACUUAUUAUUUCUUACGUUUUGGCAAGGUUUCCUGUCUUAACUUCCGGAAAAUGCAAACAGUAGUUGUGAAUGAGGAAAAAGUCGAACUGGAGCCAGCUACAAUAAACGUUCCUUGCGAAGCUACUCCGUUGAAUGCUGUUGUUCGCGGAUUCAUUGCUGAAUUUCACUGUGGCGCUACGCCUUCUCCGGGUCCAGUGUUCUCCCAAAUAUCAUGCAAGACUCCUCGUUUCAAAGGAUAUCAGCAGCAAGAUGCACAUGAACUUCUCAGAUACUUGCUGGAUGGCCUGCGCAGUGAGGAGUUGGAGCGAUACAAGAACGGUAUCGCAGCUUACCUUGGAGUUUCGCCGAAAAUAAGUAGAAAGUAUGUUGAUCCGGAAACGGUGAAACUUGCAAAAGCUGCUGGACGCCCUCUCCUUGACAUGGUGUUCGGUGGUACGCUACUGCAGACAAUUCUUUGCUCCGAAUGUGGUCACGUCAGUGAACGUCAUGAACAGUUUUUGGACUUAUCGAUCCCAGUUACGAUGAAUGGAAAUGGUCGUUUCCGACAAGGCCGUACAGCAGUAGCAAAAAAUCGUCAGGCAAAGCGAAGAGGAUCGAUGAAAAACAGUGUUCGCGAAGAUGACUUGGUAGCCGCUCCGGAAUUAUGCUGUACAUACGAUGAUGUGCACUACUCUGAUGAUGAAAUUGAUCGGUUAGCAGCUGGUGUAAAUAGAUUGGAUUUCACAAAGGUUCUGGUAGGUCCACCGGAGGAGUAUACCGAUGGAGUUUGUAGUAUAGGAUCAUGUCUUCUUGAAUUUACGGCUGCUGAACAACUGCAAGGUAUAAAUGCUUAUGAAUGUGAAAACUGCUGUGUUCCUCGGAACAAGAAGCUGAAGGCUAUUGGCAGUCAAAAGAAACGUGUUUCCGCAUUGAAGCGUUAUCUUAUCUACGAGCCACCAGCUGUGCUCACAUUACAUCUGAAAAGGUUUCAGCAAUUGGAGGGAAUGUCUGGAAGAACAUCAACAAGGAAACUCAGCGGUCAUGUAUCUUUCCCGAUGAUGUUUGACAUGGCCCCGUUUUGUUGUAGAAAUGUGGAGCGGCUGGCUCCCGGAGAGAAAAGAUUGCUUUACUCGUUGUAUGGAGUAGUUGUUCAUUCUGGUAGUUUAUCUGGUGGUCAUUACAUUGCUUACGUUAAGAGUCGUCAUAGAUUGAAACAGGCUCAUGCUUUCCUGGAAUUUGCACGAACGACAUGUGCUGAUUCGAUGUUCUAUCAGAAUGGGACUACUACAAUAGAAAAUCUUUGUGAGGAAUCUGACAUAAAUAAUGAUGGUCAGUGGUACUACUGUAGUGAUAGUCAAGUAUUAGCUGUUAAUGAAAACCGCGUUCUUUCCGCUGAAGCAUACAUUCUUUUCUAUGAGCGGGUGCUAUAG